AUUUUGAACUUUGUAUUUAACUUAAAUAGUUGCUAAUAAUUACAAAAUGAACAACAAUAAUAAUGCAUACUAGCUGUUAUAGUGAGUGAAAAACAUUAUUAAAUUUGUUAAAAAACAUUUAGUGCUGUUAAAUAUGAAAGAACUGGAUAACAGUAUAUAAGGAAUUUCCUAGAAAGCGAAAUGAUCCUUGAUAGAUCUGUAAACAUUAUAUAUAUGCACACACAAAUGAAUGAUCAAUAUAGUCUUUUAUAACAUAGUUGUUAGAUACAUCUCCAUUCAAUGUUUAUGAUACAGGGUUGAUUGUUAACAGAUCUUCAAAGAUUAUUAAAUGUGUAGACCUUAUAUAACUUGGGAGUACCUAAGUGGAUUAUCUCAGAUAAGACUGAUAAAUUUCGAGUGAUAGAUUUAUUGAAGAUUACAACAUUAGUACUAUGGUUUUGGUAUUCACUUUCAAAACAUGGAUUCCAAUAGAAGAAACGAAAAGGAAAAGAAUCCUAGAACAAAGUGUUCGAUAUUAACUUUGAUCACAUUUUUUUAUACUUUCCGUCUAUUCAAAAAGGGUAGAAAAAAGGCUCUCGAAGAUGAGGAUAUUUACGAAAUACCCUCCUGGCUGUCAUCGGAAAAACUGGGAAAUGAACUUGAAGAUACGUGGACCACGCAAAAAAAGAACAGCAAAGAUCCCUCCCUCAUUAGAGCGCUGAUAAUGUCUUUCGGGAAGGGAUUCUUGUUUUUAGGAAUAAUUCAAUUGGCUGUUAAAACAGUGAUAAUAUUUGUUCAGCCGAAGGCUUUAGGCAAGGUAGUAGCCUAUUUUCAACCCAAUCAAAAAGUAGUGACAGAAAAUGAUCUUUAUAUGUAUGCCUGUAUCCUAAUUGGAUUGAAUAUAUUUAGUACAAUGUACAAUCACAAUUAUCAACAAUUUCAAAUUGAAUAUUGUAUUAGAGCCAGAACGGCAGUCGCAGCUCUAAUUUUUAGAAAAGCUCUAAAACUGGGACCUAACGCUUUAUCAAACGUCACUAUGGGAAAAAUAGUGACCCUUAUCACUAAGGAUGUUUUUGCUUUCGACACCGGUUUGAUGUUUCUAAAUGACAUGUGGAUCGGUGUCAUACAUAUUGUCGUUAUAACCGUCAUUAUUUAUCAAAGAAUAGGAAGCUCAGUUUUUGGAGGAAUAGGAUUUUAUUUGCUCAUCAUUCCAUUACAACUAUUUGUCGGUAGACGAGUAACCGUGAAACGAAUGCAAGCUGCUAAAAAAACAGACGAAAGACUUCAGUUGACAACUGAAACGUUAAGAAACAUUAAAACCAUCAAAAUGUACAGUUGGGAAAAUUUUUUCGGCGACAAAUUAAAAGAACUUAGAAAAUCAGAAAUUAGUUACCUGACUCCUGUAUUCUACUUGAAAGCAGUGGUCCUUAUUGUAGCUUCUACAGCAACAAGUUUGACUUUCUUUUUAAUGAUAAUAACCUACAUUAUGACCGGUCAUUACACAGACGCCGAAACUAUAUAUUACAUCCAAAAUUGCUACCUAAGUCUAAAAACCUACAUCCAAGUGUCCAUACCAUUUGGAAUAGCACAAUGUUCAGACCUACUUGCUUCCUUAAAGAGAAUAACAGAAUUUUUAAUGGCUGAAGAAGUGGUACAGAGAAUUACCCAUACAAGAUCACCAAGAGUAUUUAUGAAACACGUUGCUAGUAAAAUUAAAGAAACAGAAGUACUAAGAGACAUAUCAUUCAACUUAGAAAAAGGAGUUCUUCUAAUCACCGGUAAUCUAGGUAGUGGUAAGAGCUCCAUAAUCAAAACUUUGCUUGGAGAAUAUCCUGUCACUGGCGGUCAAAUGUUGAUAGACGGCACGAUUUCUUAUGCGCCAGAGGAACCAUGGUUAUUUCCCAGUACCAUCAAACAAAAUAUCCUCUUCGGUCAUGAAUACGACGAGAAACGGUACAAUGAAGUUCUGAAUGUAUGCGCUCUAACUGUAGAUCUGAGACGAUUGGAGAAAGGCGACCAAACUAUUGUUGGUGAUGGUGGUGUCAAUUUUAGUAAAGGACAACAAGCUAGGAUCAGUUUAGCAAGAGCUGUGUAUAGAAACAGCGAUAUUUACUUGCUGGAUGAGUGUCUGUCUUCUUUAGAUAGCAAAGUAAAUGGGUAUAUUUUCAAGAAAUGUAUUUUGGGGUUUUUGAAAGAUAAAAUAGUUAUCAUGGUAACAAACAACAUCAACCACGUCAAACAGGUAUAUGGAAACAACAUACUUUACGUCGAAAGUGGUAAAACGCAGUGUCUGGAAAAGCAAAAGGAAGCUAUAGACAAAAGGAUAACCUACUACAUCGAUGACAUUGACAUGAACUACUUCAACGAAGACAACGACAUAAACGAGAGUGAUAUACCAGACAUAGCUGACGAAAAUACAUUGUUGAUCCAAAACCAACAAAAAAUAGAACAAAAGAGUUUAUAUUACGAGGAGAAAAAAGUCGGAAAAGUUAAUAUUAGAGUCUAUUUAAGAUAUUACAAGCAUGCAGGAGGAAUAUUAAUGUUCGUUAUAUUGGCUGUGAUAUUUAUAGUAACGCAAGGUGCUGCAUCAUUUGCAGAAAAAGCCCUAAGUUGGUGGGUAAAUAACGAACCAAUAGUGACAGAAUUAAUCAAGACUAAUCAAACGAAUACAACGGAGUACGAUAUAGCCGUCCAUAAGCGUCAAAAUUACUUAGGUAUUUAUUCGGGCAUGAUAAUAGGAGCUCUGUUACUGAUGGUCCUUAGAAUCUAUUUGAAUUUCUAUUUCGCUCUAAGAGCGUCUAAAAAUUUACAUAAAAAGAUGACGAGUUCUGUGUUGAGCGCAUUCAUGACUUUCUUCGACAAACAUUUGGUGGGGAAUAUCAUUAAUAGGUUUUCAAAGGAUAUAAUGACUAUGGACGAACAUAUUCCGAAGAUUACAUAUGAAACUUUCAAGAAUACCUUAGCGAUGGCAGGAAUUAUUUAUUUGGUAGUCUCUGUAAACGCUAUAUUUAUAGUGCCAACCAUAUUUUUAAUUAUAAAACUAAUAAUGGUUCAACGAUUUUACAUACCAACUGGUAGAGCAGUCAAACGGUUAGAGGCUUCAACCAGAAGUCCAAUGAUAGGUUAUAUAAAUGCAACUUUAGAAGGUUUAUCAGCCGUUCGGGCCUAUGACAAGCAGGACUUGCUAAUAUCAGAAUUUGAUAGACACCAAGAUCAUUUUACGUCAGCUUCCUAUAUGGUGACUUGCACAGGAAGAUUCUUUGCUUUUAGUUUGGACAUGAUUUCUACAGUUUUUUCGGCUGCUGUUAUAGCGAAAUUUGUAAUUUUUAAAGGUUCACAAGCAGGUGAUGUAGGUUUGGCUAUAUCCCAAGCAAUGGGCCUUACAGGACUGAUGCAAUGGGUUAUCAGACAGUAUACGGAAUUGGAAAACAAUAUGACAGGAAUAGAGAGAGUGCUGGAAUAUACUGAUAUUGAAAAGGAAAAUAGAACUAAAGGUGCAUUUUAUGAAGACUGGCCAUCCGAAGGAAAAAUAGAAUACAGAAACGUUUCUUUAAUAUACGAAACCUCAAAUCAAAAAGUUUUAAAGAAUAUUAGUUUCGUUAUUAAUCCUAAGGAAAAAGUAGGAAUUGUAGGUAGAACAGGAGCUGGUAAAUCUUCAAUAAUCUCCACGCUAUUUCGGUUAUACGAUAUCGAAGGAUCGAUAUUUAUAGAUCAGGUUGACUCCAAGGUUCUUUCAUUGGAGUGUUUGAGGUCCAAAAUGGCUAUCAUUUCACAGGAUCCCAUUUUAUUUUCAGGUACCAUAAGAUCAAAUUUAGAUCCAAAAGGUGAUCACCUAGAUUUAGAAUUAUGGAAUGCAAUAACGAAAGUAAAUUUGAAAACCCUUUUCAUGAAUUUAGACGAACAAAUUACCGAAAAUGGAUGUAAUUAUAGUUCUGGUCAACGCCAACUCAUCUGUUUAGCUAGAGCAAUGGUCAGCAAAAAUAAGAUAAUCGUAUUAGAUGAAGCCACAGCAAAUAUGGACCCAGAAACCUGCCGGCUUCUACAAAGGACAAUACGAGAACAUUUUUCGGGUUGUACAGUACUGACUAUUGCCCAUAGGCUUAACACAGUCCUUGAUUGCGAUAGGGUGAUGGUUGUGGAUAACGGUGAAAUUCUGGAAUUUGAUACGCCAGAAGCACUAAAAGCAAAGGAAGGUGGUAUUUUUUAUACCAUGAUCAAACAUUCAGGACUUAAUGAAUAAAUAUUUAUUUUGAUAUUGGAAUACUGAAAGGUUUAAAUCAAAAAUAUUUUUAUUGGUGUAUCGAUAAGAUUAUAAUACAGCGGUUACCGCUUGUUUUUAAUCUGGCCAAAAUUGUAAAAAAUCGGGAUUAUAUUUUUGAAUUCUACUUUACCAAUGUACUUGGUUGGAUAACUUUGAAUAUUGACAACAAAAUAUGUUCUGUAAAAUAUACAUAUAUUCGAAAUAUUUUAUUUUUUCUAAAAACGAAUUAGUAGCAGUGGGGUUUACAAUGACAAAAUAUAGAUCUCACUACAGAUUUUAGUGUUUUAUAAAAUGUAUAUUAUACCUCUCUAAAAUAAUGAACGUUUUUUACCUACAUCCAUAGUGAGAUCUAUAUUCUGUCAUUGUGAAUCCCCCAUAUUUUAUUUACAAGCCGUCACUGAUUAUAUGAGUAUAAUUUUUUAAUUUUAUUAUAAUUUUUGUAAAUAACUAUUUCAUAAAUAAAUCAGUAUUUGUGUUC